AUGUCAGAGAGAAAAAAAAUAAUAAUCUUUACUUCAUCCAGCCUUGAAGCGCUUCUCCACCUGAUUCAAACAUGCAGUCACGGCGACCCACAGAGAACCUUCAAAGUCAAUCCAAUAGCAGCCCGAAGAUGUCUGGGUGUACGCGUGUGCUCAAGUGUCUGUGACUGCGAGCACAGCGAGCAGAGAGCUGGAGACGAUGUGUGUGUGCGCGCGCGCGACGGGAGCGCGCGCGGGGGAGGCGCGCUCGGGGCCGCGCAUUCGCGUGCGCCGAGGCCGCUCGGAGGAGGAGGAGGAAGAGGAGGAGGAGGAAGAGGAGGAGGAAGAGGAGGAGGAGGAGGAGAAAGUGGCUCUCAGCGGCCGGCCGGAUUAAAAGUAACCAGACUCGUCCAGAAAACUGCGUCCAGGAAGGAAGUGACAGAAGACGAAUGGGAAAAGGAGAGCCGCUCACAGCCUUUGAAACAUCGCACAACACCGCGAGCGGCGGCUCGCUGCUUUCUCCCGGCGCCGCCGCCGAGGACGCUCGGAGAACCGAGUCUCCGGCUGCCGCGCGCUCGAUCCCCGGGGACGCUGCGAGCCAGCCAGCAGGAAAGUCCUUCUAAAGUCGGGAUCUUUCCUCUGACCAAUCGGAGCGCGACCCUAAUAGUUGCUCUUGUGACUUUUCCCCCGUUUGGAGACGCGUUAACCACUUCAUUCUUCCACCGGUCGGAGCGCUCCUCUGUUACUCACGCAUAAAAGCCACCGUCCAGGAUGUCUGCAGCACGCGAUUCCAGCGCGCUUUUCCUGCACGCCCAGAAUUCGGCUCUGAGAGGCUGGAGGGCUGGAAAGCGAGCCGAAAUGCAUCUCAAGUGGUAGUCCGUAAUGUACAAAAUAAUAAAACAAUUACCAGUAUUUGAAAUCUUGACUUCCUCGUGGGGCCGUGAACUUUCUAAUCAGUUUGGAAAUAUUUACCGAGGCAGCAGCUUCCUCGGAGAUUUCCCCCUCCACCCUCCCACUCUCUCUCUUCCACACCUUACUGGAUUUUAUCCAGGGCAUUAACAUGUAAACCAAACCAACUUCCCAAAUGCAUUAGGCUUCCCUAUCCGAUAGCUGAUGACUUCACUUAUCCUGAAGAGUUUCAGCUGCACAGGAAGCAGAACUAGAGACUGAUAAGGAAGAUACUUAUGUUAAGGUUAAGCAUCGUAAACACUUUUCCUUACCAAAAAAAUAGGUUAAUAUUCAAGAUUUAGGAAAGGCUACUAGAGAUUGGGCACCUCCCCUCCCUAGCCAAUUUACACCACUCCCAGUAAAGCCAAAGAUAAAAUAUACCAACUACUACACAAACCAUGGAAAGACAAGAUUGCACGCCAGUAGGACUACAGAUUAUAUAAAAAUGUCUAAACCAAACUUAACAAUUUUAAUAUUGUGAAAGGAAGAAGAGAAAAUACAUUGGGGAAAUAAUAACUGAAUGUACAAGAGGAGACAAUGGGAGUAUACUGAAAUAUCUAGCUAAUUAAAGGUAUUUCCUCACUUUAAAAAAUUCCUUUCAGCACUGUGUGUUUAACCCAAUGACUAGUUGCAUUUCCUGUCAAGUUCUGCGCUCUGCCUGAAGACUAUUUUAACGGUGAGGACAGGGUGAUUGGAAAAGCAUCCUGCUUCAUUGUAGGGGCUAUCUGAUGUGAGGAGCUUUUCUCAGAAGAGUGGGUUCAACAUUUAGGUGUCUGCCCCAAGGCUUCCCUUGAAAGGAGAAGGUUGAUUUUACAGGCAAGUACAAGUAGAUCUGAGCAACCUCCAGGCUUCUGGCUCAUCACCAUUGUGACUAUCAGCACAGCUCAGAAAAUUCUCUUGCUUUAUUAUAGGAAAGCAUGGCAAACUGUCCCAAAGCAAAAACCAUCUGAAAGAGUGAUAUUUCUUGCAGCUUAGUAUCUACAAUAUAUUUGUUUGCUUGAUGUUUUUCAUCCGGUGAGUUUGCUACUAUCAUGAAUUCAUUUUAAAAAUAUGGCAGAGGUAAUCUAUAUCAGGUUUUCAUUUAAGGUACAAUUUCUUAAAAAAAUCCAAAAAUUUAAAGGUCACAGACAUUUUGAUUACUAAGAUAUGUCUAUAUAUGGUGGUAAAAGUGAAAUGAAUUUACUUUUUUCCAGUCACAAAGUCCUGACAAAGCAAGCCAUUUUGCAGAAACAUCUAAGUUUAUUGCUAUAAUGCCUGAAAUUAAUGUAUUGAAUUAUAACAGCCUAUUUUACAUGAGCCAAGUAGACACAGGCAAUACAUGACUUUGGGCCAGACUAUUUUUGAUGGAUUAUAGAGAAUAUUUCUAUCUACCACAGUACACUUCAGUUUUAGAUUGUUUUCCUUCAAAAAGAAACUAUUUUACCUUUUAACAUUUUUAAGAUUUAUUUAAUACUAAACAUCAUAACAAACCCAUAAUUGUCAAUGAUAGUACGAGCAUUCAAAAAUAUGUAUAACCCCGCACUGUGGAUAAUUUGAAAAUAAUUCAGAUCUGGAAUAUAUCACAGUUGGCCUCUUAAAAUAUAAGAUAUUCCCCUUAGCAGAUUUAGCUUCUUAAUUAUGUGUGAUCUAAGUUAAUAUUAGUAUUAGUUUCUUUCCCAUGGGCCUCUAUAGUUGUUCCAGAACAGAAGAGAUUAUGCAGAAAUAUACAGUAGAAAGUCACCUGAGAUUUAAAAUUAUUUAUUGGUCAUCUAUAAAGUGGUUAAUCCAAAAUGUGCUUUGUAUUAUUCUUUAAAGACUUCUGGACACUUUUUUUUUUAACCAAAAUUAACUUGAUCCUUGCUGCCUACUGGUCCUUGGCUAGGGUCAGAAGAUGUUCUGGUGUAGGGAGGAGCUUGUAUCAAGUGUUAGGAGGCCUGGACUCUCUGGUUCAAGAUUGGUGCCUGACUAAUGAGUGUGUCCUUUCUGGGCUUCAGUUUGCUUAUGCGUUAAAUGAAUUCUCCAAUCUAUUCCAGUUCUAUGACUGGAAAAUAGAAAGUUCUUAUAUCAUUUAAGCCAGUUGGAAGCUAGUGGCUUUUCUGUUCCUCUUUUCUUUAAGAGAAAAUGAUAUUUGGAAUUGAUGUACUAUUUAAACUAGCUUUUUUUUUUUUUUCCCAAUCAUCAAAUAUUCCCUUCAUUAAAUAGUUAUCCUAAGUGCUUUAUUAAACAUGUAAAUAUAUAUUGACUUGCUUUUCCCCCAAAAGAAUUGUUUAGCAAUAUAUUUAAUUAAAGAGCCACAGAAGUCACAGACAGCAUGAUCCUCAGGAUUUUAACUCUAGGGAAAGCUGAUUGCCAAUUUCUCUUCAGGGUUGCACGCCAUCUUACUCCACCCUCCUCUCUUUACGACAUCCCUACAUUAAAUCAGCAGUCUGCUAACACCCCGUGCGCUGGUCUGCCUGCUUUUAAGCUUGGCCCACGCUGGGUGUAGCUCUUGAAGUGAGCUUUAAAAGAUUAUUUUAAAGUUAGCUGGGGUGGUUGCCACAGCAACCCACCCUAAGAUGAAGAAAGGCUGUAGGUUAAUCUACCCCUCAAGAUUAUUCAACUGUAUAGUAUUUGCUCUUCAGCCAGAAUACUUUCAACACAAACAGGAUCAUUGAACAUACAAGUUCGGAAAAGUAUAAAAAGUAGUAAGAUACAAAUUCCAGUAGCAUUAAAAAGGUUGUAUCUUUUUAUAGUUACAGUAGAGAUGACAUACAUAACCUCCCCUGAAAUGGAGUAAUUGUAAAAGAGACUUGCAAAGGUAGGCCCGGAAAGGUGAUGUGAGCUUGAAGCAAAAUGGUAUGGUAUUGCUUAUAAUAUAAAGCAUACACUGGUUCUAUAACUCUAUCACUCUCAUACAUGUCUCCACUAUAAAUAUCUAAGGACAAAGAGUUGGCAGUUUUAUGAAUGAACUUUGUGGUGGAUGAUGUCACAGAUGUUAGG